CAGAUAUCUUCCGACCUUCAAGCUUCUCUCUCGACCACAACGAAUCCGACAAACUUCGACAAAAUGGCCCCUCCUAGCAAGACUGGUGGUGCCUCCAAGGCCGGCAAGGGCAACAAGAAGGCCAAUGAAGCCGCAAAGGCCGCUCUUAAGGGCGUUCACUCUCACAAGGCCCGCAAGGUCCGUCUCUCGACGACCUUCCACCGCCCGAAGACCCUGAUCCUCUCGCGCUCGCCCAAGUACCCCCGCAAGAGCAUUCCUCACCAGCCCCGCCUGGAUGAGCACCAGGUCAUCAUCCACCCUCUCAACACCGAGAGCGCGAUGAAGAAGAUUGAGGAGAACAACACCCUCGUCUUCAUUGUCAACAUCAAGGCCAACAAGCGCCAGAUCAAGGAGGCUCUUAAGAAGCUUUACGAUAUUGACACCGUCAAGAUUAACACCCUUGUCCGCCCUGAUGGAUCCAAGAAGGCCUUCGCUCGCCUGACCCCAGAUGUCGAUGCUCUCGACAUCGCCGCCACCAAGCUCGCCAUCGUCUAAGUACGUAAUGCCGGGUUCGGUUGUGGUUUUGCAAGGGAUUGGAGGGAUUAUGAUAUUUGUUCGGGCAUUAUCAGGCUGAGGUCUUCUCGUGGCUACGGGGGACUCGAUUUAAGCGGGUGUGCUAUCGAAGGGCAUUGUUACCCAGGCGUUUCUCCGUGGGGGGAAUGAAUGAACAUCAAAUUCAAACAACACUUGCAAACCUAUAUGUAUUUUGUAUCGUUUGGAAGUGAGGUGAUUUGACGACGUGAUUUGUUGUUGUAUUGAGACCUGUGAACUCUCGUAGAC